AUGGUGGGGAAGAAGUGGGUUGGCAAAUCAUCGGCAAAGUUCACUGGCAAGGCCACAUCCGCUCAUGACCCCAUGGCAAUGAAGGUCGACAUUAUCAGUAUCUGUGGCUGCUCAGGGGAAGGGGCUGCAGCAGUGGGCCGAAAUACAACCCAAGAUGACACAAAUACACUCAGCAUGAAUUUGAGCAGUAGAUCAAAAACAGACAAUGGCAUGGAAUUCUACAAGAUCAACGAGUACAUGAAGCUGAUGCUGGGUGUUGGCAAAAAGGGCUAUACAAACACAAUGAACUGCUGUGUUGUGCCAAUUGGGGAGGAACUGCUCAUUGGGAUGUCAUGGCCUUGA